AUGGCCGCCUCAACAUUCCCGCCCUUGUCCAAUUUAUCCCAGAACCCCGAGGACCAAGCCAGUCUCGGACGCAUCAAGGCUGCCUGGGACGAUUACUCUUCAGGAUGGGACCAAGAAACUAAGACGACGAUCCUUUCACGACUUCACGAGGUUCGCGCCACGCCAAGUAAUCGAAGGAGGCCAUGCGAUCACAAGCUCCACAAGGCAGACUUCAACUUUGGCAUCUGGGUCAUGAUUCGCUGCAUCUAUCCCACCCUCAAGCUUCGAUUCCUCAAGGCCCGGCUCGUGGAAAAGUAUCCCUGGAUCGACCAGGGCUUCCAGGUACAGAUACAGGACUAUAUCGCUUCUUCUUCUAAUAACAACGAGCGUAUGAUCAAGCGUGAGAGUGGUUUGGCACCUGUCUUCACGCAGUCACGUCAUUCAGACGGCCUCAACCGACAACAGGACCUAUCGUUCAGCAGCCUUCGCCCAGUCCAGUCUCUGUUUCCCUCGCGUCAGAAUGUGGUUCAACCUGCCGCUGCUCAUCCACCUCGCGCAAACCCCUUUCCAGAUGCGAACCCCCGACCACCGGCCGGGUGUGUUCCACAGUCGGACUCGUUUUCAAACUUUCUCAAGAGAAAGGUAGAAGAGAAUAUCCCCAACACGCCCUCCAAGAAGCUCGGAGUUUUGGCCACGCGUGCUGUUUCGCCAGUGGGUUUUGACUCUCGUUCGUCGUUCCUCGAUGACGAGCUCGAUCGCCAGGCACCCAAUGCCCAGCCCGAAGUAGCUCCCGAGGACCAUCAGCGCCCCUACGGUACUCCUAAGGAAUGCUGCAAGCUGUACCACGAGCGACGCAAUGCAGAGUCCAUAGGGGUUCUGGAACAGACGCUUCAACAGAUGCAGGCCGACUUGAAGACAUUGGUUCAACGCUACGGCGAAGACAUGAAGAGAGCGGUAAAUCCACCCGGGGCUCGGCAGCAGCAGCAGCAGCAGCGACGUAUCGGAGACGGCGACUUCGAUCGCGACGCGUUUCUCGAACGCCUUGAUGCAAGGGUCACACGCCUCGAAGAAGUUAUUCGCUCGCUGUAG